AAUGGACGCAAAAUGUGUUACAUGGGCCAUAGACGAUAUUUGCCCCUAAGUCACCCUGACAGAAAUAAAAAACAAGCAUUUGACGGUACUGUAGAACGAGAAGUUGCACCUUUGCCACUUUCAGGGCGACAAAUUCUUGAAGAAGUUGAGAAAAUAGAUUUCAAGUAUGGAAAGGGCAAGAAAAAGAGAAACCCCAAUGGAUGUUUUCAAAGAAAAUCGAUUUUCUUCCGUCUUCCAUACUGGAAAGAUUUACUUGUUAGACAUUGUUUGGAUGUCAUGCACAUAGAAAAGAAUGUGUGUGAAAGCAUUGUCGGUACGUUACUUGACAUCCCUGGUAAAAGUAAAGAUGGUUUGUCUAGUCGUUUAGACCUUGUUGAGUUGGGUAUAAGACACAGUUUGGCACCUGUGGAUAAAGGCAAACGUACAUAUUUACCUCCUGCAGCUUUCACAUUGUCUAAAGAAGAGAAACAAGCCGUAUGCAACUCAUUUGCAAAGAUGAAAGUGCCUGAUGGGUAUUCAUCUAACGUUCGAAACUUAGUGUGUAUGGAAGAAUUAAAGUUAAUGGGUAUGAAAUCGCAUGAUUGUCACACGUUAAUGCAACAAUUACUUCCAAUUGCCAUUCGAUCAGUCUUACCUAAAAAAGUUCGACAAACUUUGACAAAGGUUUGCAUAUUCUUUAAUCAAUUGUGUGGGAAAGAAUUAGAAAUGAAGAAAUUGAAUUCAUUGCAUGAUGACAUAGUUAAAACUCUAUGCAAUCUUGAAAAAUAUUUCCCUCCAUCAUUCUUUGACAUCAUGAUACAUUUGAUGGUCCAUCUAGUAAGAGAAGCGAAGUUGUGUGGGCCAGUUUGGGCGAGAUGGAUGUAUCCAUUUGAACGAAAUAUGAAGGUAUUGAAAGGUUACGUGCGUAAUCACAAUCGGCCUGAAGCUUGUAUGGUUGAGUGUUAUAUAUCAGAGGAGGCAGUGGAAUUUUGCACGGAGUACAUAGCAGGAGUUGAUGCAAUCGGACUUAGCAAGCCACGAAAUCAUUCAAACGGGGUUGAUAGAGGAUUACGAGGGAAAGGAUCAAUGGUGACUGUAUCUAGAUCGGAAUUGGAUCAAGCUCAUUUGCUUGUGCUUGAGAAUAACCCUGAAGUCCAACCAUAUAUAACUGAUCACUUGGAAUUAUUACAAUCAAUGAUUCCAACUAAGGUCAAGAAUAAACAGAGAUGGGUACUAGAGGAGCAUCGUAAAACAUUUAUUGGAUGGUUAAAGAAUACCAUUCUAGCUAUUGAUCAUGGUGUGUCGAAAGAGUUAGAAUACAUAUCGUUUGGACCAGAUACUCAAGUAGUAAAGCAUCAUGCUUACAUUGUGGGGGGGAAAAGAUUUCAUACAAAGGAAAGAGAUGAUGCUCGAACGGUUCAAAAUAGUGGAGUAAGUAUUGUUGCAGAAGCAAUAAGUAUUGUUGCAGAAGCAAUGCAUUUUGCAUCAACAAAGGACAGAAACCCGGUGCAAUCCACUAUGACAUAUUACGGGGUUGUUGAUGAAAUUUGGGAGCUUGAUUAUGGAUUGCUUCGAAUUCCACUUCUUAAAUGCUCUUGGGUGGAGAAUAAAGGCGGAGUUAGAACAGACGAACUUGGUUUCACUUUGGUUGAUUUAAGCAAAAGAGGUAGCAAGAACGAUCCUUUUAUCAUGGCUACCCAAGCGAAAAGAGGUGGAGAAUAA